AUGUCAGUUGCGGAAUCUCACGCAACAAAGUCGGCCAGCGACAACGCCCAUGAUGCGGUCAUCGAUUUGAAAUCGGGCGCCUUGGAACUCGUUCCCGACUGCAUCGGCCUGGCUGUCAUCUAUGACACCCUUACGGAUUUCGAAACUUUUCACCACCGUCUCGUAGCGCUUUCUUCCAAGAUCCGGGACGUUCCCUUGCUUUUGCGCUACAACAAUGGCCCUUUGCUCAAUUCCGAGCACCCUAUCGACUCGGGCGCAGCCAGAAACCACCGAUUCAUGAGCAUGGGAUGGCGGUACUCAAAGGUUGUUGGGGCUCGCGGCUCCUUCGUCCAACAGACAGCCUAUGCUGAUCUGCAACUGAGGAACGCAGAUACUGCUGGCGAAUUCAUUCGCUAUUCUGACGUGUUCGACCCUCUCAUCGAAAUAGGUUCUGAGGUUACGCUGUGA